AUGGACUGGAGUCCGAAGGAGACGGCCCAGCUGAAUGCUGGGGACUGGUCACAGACGGCCCAGGAGAUGAGGGCCCUGGCUGAACAGACGAAGGGGAGUACUCGUCCUGGGGGGAAACGAAUGGGCCCGAUGAAGGCGGCCCAUCAGGUGAGGACAACCCAGCUAGAGAAGUGGAAACCGGGCCAUAAAGAACGGGCCUAG